AAAGACGAGUGCCAUCUUAAUGAUUACAAAAAGGGGGAGUUUUUUUUUCCCAAGAAGGAACGCCCAUUCGUUCGACGAUUUGUUAAAUGCGAGGCACUUGCCCCUUGCGUUUGAUUUGCCUCCACUUCCAACGAUAUCGGAGAAUAUUACUUCUCCUUCUUCCAGGAUGGGAUUCGCAGCCGCCAUGUUUCUGCAACCUGUACAACUGAAGCAGCAGCAGCAGCAGCAGCAGCAGAAGAGCUCCUUGUUAGUCUUCAGUAGGCAGAGAAAAGGAAAGAGAUCAAUAGCUCCGGUCGCGAGGCUGUUUGGGCGUUCGAUCUUCGAGGCGUCGAAGCUGAAGGUGCUCUUCUUGGGGACGGAGGAGGAGGAGGAGCAGCCGGGGAAGCUCCCCAGGACCUACACGCUCACUCACAGCGACGUCACCUCCACGAUCACCCUCGCCAUCUCCGCCACCGUCAACAGCGCGCAGGCACUUGCAGGGGUGGUACAACAGGUUGCAGAGGGACGAGGUGGUGGCGGAGUGGGAGGAGGUGCAGGGGAGGAGGUCGCUGCACGUGCACUGCCACGUCAGCGGCGGCCACGCCCUGCUGGCCCCGAUCGCGGGGCUCCGCCGCAGCAUCUUCCGCAGGGAGCUGCCGAUGGUGCUGAAGGCGUUCGUCCACGGCGACGGCGCGCUGUUCGGCAGCCGCCCGGAGCUGGAGGAAGCCGCCGUGUGGGUCUACUUCCACUCCAACCUCCCCGAGUUCGACCGCGUCGAGUGCUGGGGGCCGCUCAGGGAAGCCGCGUCAUCGGGGCCACCGUCGUCGACGCCGCCUCCGGCGUCGGAGUGACCGCCGGAGGAACGACUGCAGCGGUGGGGGCCGGAGUGCGAGUGCUGAUUCCCUCCGUAUAGCUUGAUCACGUGGCAGUGUUAGAAAUAUUAUGCGUCGUCGUCCCUUUAGAUUUAUUAUGCGCCCGCGUAUCUUUCUCUAAUGAUUUAUCAAUAAUUGGGUAAAAUAUAUUUAUAAUAUGAAAUGUAAUCUAUUAUAAAAAUAGAAAAAUAUUUUUUUA